GGGCCGUUUGGCCCCGGUAUUGCCUUGCUGUUGCAAGGGCCCGUUAAGCCUAGCACUUCAGCCUGGGGACAGGCCGGUGUUGACCUCUCUGGAGGUGGCUGACGUGGCUAGUACCUCGCCCCCCCCCCCAUAGCUUGGCUUGGCUUUAGGUUUAGCUGACUUAACAGUUGCACUUAGCCAGAAGCGCGUGAGCUAAGGAGGAAGUUUGACGGGGUGCCCAGAACAGGGAAGUAGGAACUUCCUCCUUCAGAGUGCUAUAAUACUGAGCUGAAAAAUAAACUCGGGGCUGCAGUCCGAGGAUCUGCAGACCUCCCAACCCCAUCUUUGUCUCUUGUCUCUUUUUCUCAGCCUCACCCCCUCAUUCAGGUUACCUGCUCGAUCCUGCCGGCUGGCCCCGGCAAGUGGCGCCCGAACAGGGACCUGAAAACUUGGGAAGAAAGGUAGAGGCCGCCGCUCGGGAGCAGCUGCAAGGUAGGAACGCGGGGAGCGGCUAAGCGCGAUAGUUGGGAGUAAAAAAUCAUGGGGCAAGGAAACAGCAAAGAGCUGUUUGUACAGGUCCUUAAGACCAUGCUCCGGAGCAGGGGCACUAAGGUAAGCUCUUCCCAGCUGCACCACUUUAUGCAGUUUGUGGAAGAGGUCUGCCCGUGGUUUCCAGAAGAAGGAACUGUUAAUCUGGAGACAUGGGUGAAGGUGGGGGAAAGAAUACAGGGUUACUAUGAGGCUCAUGGGCCGCAGAAGGUGCCAGUGGACACUUUUUCCCUUUGGGCGCUAGUGCGCGACUGCAUAGAUCCCCGGCAUGAGGGACAGAAAGCCAAGGAAAAGGUAGUGGCAGCGGAGAUUCCUCCUGUGGUUACAACGCCCACAGCUCCGCCGCUGGAGGCGGCAGCGGUCAGGAAGGAGGAGCCCUUAGACCCAGGAGAUGCUGAGGACUUAGAGGAAGCUGCUGCUCACUACAGACAGGAGGAUGACUUGAUUCUCCUCUCGGAGCAGACUGCUGGGGGAAAGGCUCAGCAGGAUCCUCUCCGACAGGCUGUACUUGGCCUAGCAAAGCAAUUACAGGCGUGGCAGGUUGUGGCGCAGAAGAUGCAAAAAGAGAUGCAUACUCGAGCACCCACUCCCACUCCCUCCCAGCGGGCAGGUCUGGAAGGGCCGCCAUUAGUGGAGGUCGACGAGGAAGAGGGGAUGCAGAAACCAACGGGUCAGCAGUCUCGGAAAGGUAUCAGGCAGAAGCGGGGGGAUGAAAGAAAGAAGGCCCCCUUAAAAAAUGCCCCCUUCAAGGGGGAGGUGUCCAGUCGGGGAAGGUCACAGAAAAGAUCGAGCUCUCGGAGCUCUUUGUACAGCUCUACAAGUGGGGCGGAGACGAUGGGAGAAACCACUGAAAUCGAAUCCGGAUCAGAAUCGGAAAAGGAAGAACCAGGUUUUACACAGAGGGUUAAGGUGUUAGGAAAGGAGGAGAAGUUGAUGGUUGCUAUGGCGCAGGCUGGACCCGGACAGAAGAACGACCCUGGCUGGGGGAAGGUCCAAGCCUCUCCCUCAGGGCUGUCCCCGUUGCAAGCGGCACUGAGGGACGCGAGAAUGGCAGGAGAGGAUUUAGAUGGGUUCGACCAGGGCGGUUUUCUGGCUUAUCCGGUGUAUGAACAUCCUGCUCAAGGGAAUAACCCUCCUCAGAGGGUCUAUGGCACCAUAGACUUUAAAAAGUUAAAAGAGCUAAAAACAGCAUGUGCUCAAUAUGGGCCAACAGCACCCUAUACUCUGGUAGUGCUUGAGUCUAUUAAUGACGAUUAUACCAUGUGUCCUAAUGACUGGAAACAGCUGGCAAAGGCAUGCUUGAGUGGUGGGGACUAUCUGCUAUGGAAGACAGAAUAUGUAGAGGAGUGUGAAAGGACUCACCGCAGAAACCUGGCUAAUAGAAUACAGUCCGACCUGUCAGCCAUGAUUGGCGAAGGGCAAUGGGCGGACACUCAGCCUCAGACUACCUAUAAUAUGGCCUAUUAUGCUCAGAUCUCCCUAGCUGCACGGAAAGCGUGGAAAAAGCUUCCUACUUCCAAAAAUAUUACCAUGGAUCUCACUAGAAUUCGCCAAGGGCCAGAUGAGCUGUAUCAGGACUUUGUGUCUCGACUUUUAGAUGCGGCCGGGAAACUGAUUGGAGAAGGGGAAGCGGGAAUACUAAUAGUCAAGCAGCUGGCCUUUGAGAAUGCCAACACUGCGUGCCAGGCCGCUUUGAGGCCAUACAGGCAUAAAGGGGAUAUAAAUGACUAUAUCAGGAUAUGCCAGGACAUUGGGCCAUCUUAUACUACAGGGGUUACUCUAGCUGCCGCCUUGAAAGGUCAAUCUCUGCGGCAGUUUCUUCAGCAGUCACCGCGAGGGAGAGGGCGCGGGAGAAGAGUACCAGGACCUCCAGGGAGUUGUUUCUCGUGUGGUCAAAUGGGACAUUUUACUAAAGAAUGCCCUCAAAAAGCUCCUGUUCAAAGUGAUCAGGGAGGACCAGGGACAGCCCCAGGGAUAUGCCCUCGGUGCCAGAAGGGAAGACAUUGGGCGAGGGAUUGUCGCUCAAAACGCGAUUCACAGGGAAAUCCCCUUCCUACCCUGCAGCAGGGAAACUGGAAGAGGGGCCAGCCCCAGGCCCCACAAACAUAUGGGGCACUGCAAGGGGCCCUACAGGGGCAGUCCCAGCGGGCAAGCAAUCCAUUCGUGACCUCUACAGAGCUACCCCAGGAAGCGCAGGAUUGGACCUCAGUUCCGCCACCCAUGCAGUACUAACUCCGGCCAUGGGCAU